UUGGUGUUUUCGACUCAGCGCGAGAAGGAAAUGCGCUCUUUUUCUUGAGCUCUGCUUCCCCGAUUUCCUCUCCAGACGUCUCACUUACGAUGCCGCUCAAGCCUCUCCUUCCUGUCUUGGGCUUCGUCUAUGCGGGCCAGGCCCUGGCCGCAGCAGUCUUUGUGCCGCUGAAGACCGAGAAGUACUACGAUCUGUGCGGCUCCCUCGGCUUCCUUUCCGCCUUGGCCUUUUCGCUCCGCAACACACCCGUUGACGUCGGCAGCGCAAAGACGGCUGCCUCCUCCGUCGUUCAGGGAGGUUCAGCAGGAGGAGGAGGUCUGGCUGGAAGGAUCCUCUCCUCCUUUGGCAUCCGCUCUGCUUCCGCCGUUGGUUUGUCCUCGUCGACGGCCGCUUCGGCGCUCGCAGCCGAUCACUGGACCUCGCGCCUGAUCCUUAACCGGCAUCCUCGACAGCUGAUCGCAAGCGCCCUCGUUGCAUUCUGGGCGGCCCGCCUGGGCACCUUUCUCUUCCAGCGCAUCCAAAAGUCCGGCAAGGACUCGCGCUUCGACGAGAUCAAGCAGUCUCCGCCCAAGUUCUUCGGAGCAUGGAUGAUGCAAGCUACCUGGAUCAGCUUGACGGCGCUACCCAUCUUUAUGCUCAACGCUUUGCCUGCGCGCUCUUUGCCUGCCCUCGGCCUGCUCGAUGCGGGCGCACUCCUCGUCUGGAGCGCCGGAUGGGGCCUUGAGGUUGUAGCGGACCGCACCAAGUCGGCCUGGCGAGCAGAGCGUGACGCCGGCAAGCACUCGGAAAAGUUCCUCACCCGGGGCGUAUGGUCAUGGUCCCGCCAUCCCAACUACUUUGGCGAGGUGUCGCUCUGGACGGGUCAGGCACUUUUGGCGCUUCCGACGCUGCUCAAGAGCAGACCAACCCUGCUAGGUCCCUGGGCUCCCUAUGCAGCACUGGCCAGCCCGGCACUCGAGUAUGGCCUCAUCAGAUACAUCUCUGGCGUGCCGAUGCUGGAAGAGGGCAUGGACAAGAAGCUCAAGGAUGACCCCGCGUACAAAAAGUACAAGGACGAGGUCCCCUGCUUUGUCCCAUUCAUCGGCUCAAAAGACUGAUUCUCUCGUCGAGCUUGGAAAACCGUCUUUUGUACAUCUGCCAUACAUGGUCUACUGCUCCCUCCGUUUGGAAUGUUAUGGGUCUCUCGUUGGUCAUGUGUAUGUCGCGCUCGACUCACUGCUACCCUACAAGUCUGAAGUGGCAGCAUGCACAGCACGCAAGCUUAUGCCGGCUUGGCAUGCCUCUGAGCGCCUCCCCAACCGCAGCUCGACAAGAGCAGCGACGUCAUCUCGGUUCCACACCAAGCGCAUCAUACACUCUACUCGUCCCUUAAGGAUCUUUGCGUAGUUGCCUUGUGCCAUUCCUUCGGCGAUGAGAAGCCGCGCCAAUGAUCAAAUAGAAAAAAUCGCAA